GCCUUUUUUUCCCCCCUCGAAAACAUUUCGACUCAAGUCUCGACCUAUACAUAAAGUAGUUUGGCUGAAAUUUCGAAUUUCGUAGAUGCGCGCGGGGUUCCGAAUCACUAUUCCCUUCCAUUCCAUGGAGAUCGCUAGAAAUCCGAAGCUUCCUCUGCAAUUGUUACUUUCCGCGUUUCGACGAUGCGGAUUAUCAGAAAAUCUCUGCAGAUUAUCUGUUUUACUCGAUCGAUCUGGAGAUCAGGAUCCUACUACGACAUUGAUUUCGAUUGCAGACACAGGAAUUGGAAGCUCCCUGGAUGAGUUUCAGGAUCUGAGGUACUCAAGGGAGCUCUACGGAGUCAAGAUUUUGGAUGGGAUGCUUUCUGUCAAGACUACUUGCUCUACAGACGAUGAGGUAUAUUGUUAUCAUAUAAAACUUGAUGAAAGUAAUUCGAACAGAAGACUGAAAAGACUACCUUCUCAGACUAAGAAUGGCGCCAGAUUCAGUGGGACUGAAGUAAGCCUACGUGUUUCCGAAAGCACAGAGGAUCUGGUGGCAGAAAUUGCUGGUUUCUUUCGUAAGAUGCUUGUUCUACAGAUUCCUAAUGUUGCUAUGGACCUUGUGGUAAAACAUGGGCCUGAUCCUAGUACUCAAAGUCGAAAUGUCUUUGUAGUGAGUAACGAGACAAUCUCAUGCUUUACGGCCUCCAGUCUUGAACGCUUGAAGUGUGGCCUCGAGGACUAUAUUUUAAAGCAUGGGAAUUGUCUGGAUGUAAUGUGUGAUUGUUGCUUCUCUGAUAGAGAUAAUCUAAAAGUUGGAACUGGAACGGAGUGCCAUGAAGAGAAUCACAAACGAGCUGGAGGAACGAUUGAAGUGGCGGUCGUAAUAAGUGAGUUAUUGGAGACGACUAGUCAUUGCAGCAGAUCUUGUAAUGGAAAAACCGAGGUUAUGUGCUUUGAGGAUUUCUUGCCUUCUCCUAUACCACGUUUCCUUUUUACCGCACUGAAAAGCAUUGACUGGAAAAGUUACGGCUUGACAUUCGCGAGUAUCCAAGAGCGAGACGGGCAUGUGUUGUUAGAGUGGGAACACUUCCCUUCGUAUGCCCAGAUAGAUAUCGCCGUCCAUUGGUAUCAUAAUCAGACUUCUCUGGCAAGACAGAAGGCUCAGGUGGGUACGAAUCUCAUGAAGAAAGCAAUUAAAAGUGCAUUGGAUGAUUUGAAGGCUAGACAUGAGGGUUUUCUUCUAAGCUCGCAUUCUGUCAAGAUAUGCAGUUAUGCCCCUGACCUUGCAAGAUCCAUAGCGGGGCUUAUAUUAUCUUCCGAUGACGUGGGCUUCCGAGGAGAGUGCCUGUCUCUUCUCGGCUUUCAGUCCCAAGACACGGGACGUGAGGCUGUUGAGGAGUGCAUCAGAGAAAAGAUAAUCUCAGUGAUAGGGAUGAAGGAGAGGAAACCCCAAGAGGCUGCUGCACCUUGUCUCUUCUCCGAUGGUGGGCCCCAGACAUCAUGCUUCGAAGACGAGGAACUAGAAGACGAAGGUGAAGGUGAGUAUUACUCUUCUACCUUGAUUGAUGAUGACAUACGCGCUUCCUACUAGAAAUGCAAGAAAAUCUAUGUUAAAACUUUCCAACGUUUUUUUUAUAAUGAAUAAAAGAAUAUCA